AUGGAUAUUUUAUUGGCAACAAGUAUUGUAACUAAAACAAUUAAUUCGAUUAGAAAAUUGAGAGCAAAUAAUUCAUUUGAGGAAAUUAUAAAAUUAACAGAUAAUUUUAUCAAUGAGAGUGACACAGAUUUUAUACCAUUAAAAAAUAUCAGACCUAGGCGUGUUCCAAUUAAAGCAGGUGAACUAAUGCAAGAUGAUCCUAUUGUUUGUCCAAUUAAAAAGUUUGAGGUAGAAACUUACAAUGCUGUAAUAGAUAUGACUCUAAAUGAAUUGAGUGACCGGUUUGAAACCACAAAUAUUGGACCAUUAAAAGACAUAGCAUUGCUCUCAUAUCGUAGAAUACAAGAAUUGCACAAUGAUCCAACAAUGCUACCAAAAGAUUCAUUUAUAGAGUUAUGUGAGGUCUAUUCAAAAAUUAAUAGAGAUUGUUUGAUUUCUGAAUAUAUGCAGUUUUGUAAAAAUUUAAAUGAAUUUGAAAAUAACUUAAAUUUACCAAAGUUUUUGCAUGAUGUUAGUAAUAAUAAAUCAAGUAAAUAUGAUGAAGAUGAAAAUGAUAAUAAUGAUGACAACAUUUCUAUGCUUGAACUAAAUACGUAUGAUGAUUUAAAUGAAACUUCGAAUGAUAAUGAUCAAAGAGCAAUUAAAAACAUUGGGAGUACUAAAAAAAUUUUUCAAAUGUUUUGUACAGCUAAUUUAACCAGUUGUUUCCCAAAUUUGUAUGUAGCAUUAAAAUUAUCAGUCACUCUUCCAAUUUCAAGUUGUAGUGUAGAGCGUUCAUUCUCAAAGUUAAAACUGAUCAAAACUAAACUUCGAACUUCCAUGCUACAGGAUAGGUUAGAAAACUUGAUGAAAAUCAGUUGUGAAAAAGACUUAAAUCCAAUAGUAGACAAUAUAAUUUUAUCGCUAGCUGGAAAAAGUUCCAGCUUAUGUAAAGCAUUAGUGUAUUAA